AUGUCGGGAGACAAACCUUUGUCUGGCUUGGGGAAUCAGGGAAGCGUUCCCGAAGGUACGGAUGCUGAAACGAUAUUAAGAAGUCGAAAUCAAUCUACCACUCCCGUACCUUCCCCGUUGCGAAAAGGAUUUUCAAAAAUUAAACAUAAUAUUUUGAGCCGAAAAAACUCUGGUCAAUUGAGACCCGGCUCGGUUGAUAGACAAACUCCACAAGAAACUCGCUAUGGCCCCACGAACGAUUCUAUGGCUCAUGUUCCUGAUACUCCCCGUGAGUCUCCUCCUCUUCGAGAAUCAGACGCUCAUCAACGAACCGAGACUCCCGCCCGACCGGUCCCUAUCCAUCCGAACUCUUCUGGAGGCCCUCAACACCAUUCUGGAGUGAAGUCUUUGUUUGAAAAGGCUAUACAUCCUUCUCGUGGAAAGUCUUCGCAAAGCCCCUCAAAAGGUAUUGGCUCAUUCAUUAAUCAGCAUAUUUUACAUAAGCACCCUUCCUCCGAUGCUUCUCCUCCCGAUCAGAAACCUUCCCAAGGUAUUCAAAAAAGUAAUUCUCACCAUUAUUUGCAAUCCGACAAAACCAAACCCAGCGCUGUCUCGAAACCUCAUGACGUCCCCAAACGCGCCAGUUCUGCCAUCCAUCCCAAAGCGUCUCGAUCACCACCUGGAAUUGCUGAUAAUGAUGCGAAUAGGGUCUCGCGCUCUUCCGAGUUUCCCACUUCUUCUAAACCCAUGGACAUUCGUUCGAAUGGUAAAAAUAAACCGCGUGCUGGUGGAUUCUUUGACACUCCCCUCCAUGCUUCCCCUACCUCUGGCUCACCUGCCAGCACUCCUCAUUCUUCAAAAAGCCCCUCUCAAUCCUCCGUUACUUCCAACGGUUUUCGCCCGGGUCCUGGAAAACCGCUAGUCCCCCGACAAAGGAACCCUUACCUCAAUACUUCUUACGAAUCUUGGCCUCAUUCUCCCGAGUAUGACUGCUAUACUUAUGCUGUUAGUGGCAGCCUAAACAUGACCCCACAAGGAACAGGUUUCGAAUGUAUCAAUCCCGCCAAUCCUUUUAGCCCUGGAUACAAGAAACAAGAUACUUCUUCCCAAACCAAUGCAAAUGGGGCUUCUGGAAACCAACCUUCUUCAGAAGGUGCUGGCACAAAUCAGGGAUCAGAUUAUCAACUUGUGAAACCAAAAAACAUUGAACAAGUACCUAGAAAGUUAAGACCUACCUAUGUCCCGCCUUACGCCAAGCGUGUCGUUCCUCGGUUGAGCUCGAAAUACGUUUUACUUGAAGAAACUAAAGAUCUCGGAAGUGGUGCUACUGCGGUUAUCCGCUGCGUCAGCUUGAAAAAUCCGAAAGAGAAUGAAAAGAAAUUGAGGUUUGCAAUUAAAGCUUACCGUCGAAAGGCUGAUGAUGAAUCAGAAAGCUUCUACAUCUCAAAAUUAACAUCUGAGUGGCUUGUGCAAUGUAGAAUGGAGCAUCCGAACGUUGUGAAAGCUUACGAUCUAUGUUUAGAUUCUCAUAUAUUCCCUCUCUAUAGUGACACUUGGUGCAUAAUAAUGGACUUUUGUCCUAAGGGUGAUUUGCUUAGUUUAAUUAGUAACCGUCAUGACCGGCUCACUCGAAGGGAUUUUGAGUGCAUGGUUAAGCAGAUUUUACGAGGAGUUGCUUACAUUCAUUCUCAGGGUAUAGCGCAUCGAGAUUUAAAGCCUGAAAAUAUCUUAAUUACUAGCAACGGAGCUCUACGUAUUACAGAUUUUGGAGCUUGUGAUGUUCUAUGUGAUCCUGGCAAUACAGAAAAGCUUCCAUCAGCUUUGUCUCAAAGUAAUGGUGUAUUUGGAAGCGAUCCAUUUAUGGCACCUGAAAUUUUAACUCCUGGAUCUUAUAACGCCUUUUAUGCGGAUAUGUGGUCGUGCGCGAUUGUUAUCCAUACUAUCUACUUCCGCACAUAUCCAUUUCGAAAAGCCGUAACGACUGAUCAGCUUUAUAAUAAGUAUUUAAAGGCUUGGCGUGAGUAUAAUCUUAUGUGCGAUGUUCAAAAUAUCAGGGUUUCCAAGACUCUACCAUAUUUGAAACCCGUUUGCGAUUUGCCUGAGCCUAUGCAGCGUCUCUUCUUUUGUUUAGCUAAUCCUGUAUCGGAAGAAAGAAUGUUGGCUUUGGAGGCGUUGAGUAUGGACUAUGUACAAAACAUUGAAUGCUGUUGUUGUGACGAGCAUGAGGUGACCACGCAUGAGCCUGAACCAUGCUUGAAAUGGAACGAUCCUCCAAUGUGUGAAACCUCCAACCAUCAUUAUCAUGGCUAA